AUGGCUUCCAAGCGAACCGCCAAGCAAAGAGUCGCAAGCGACGACGAUACCAAAGAGGAACCCGCGAAGAGACCUAAACUUAGGAAUGGAGCUUCGGACCCGCUACGCGAGCCGCACCGUUUCGCGGCCGAAGCCGAGGAACACGGCAUCGUGCUGCGCAAAUUCUACCCGCCGGAAAUGAGCAACGCGCGCGCCCGGGCAUACAACGAUAACAAGAUCCCCCGCCCUAUCGAACAGCUGGAAGCCGCGGUGGAGGAGACCGCGUCGAUGCGGAAAGACACGAAGGUGAAGGAGGCUGUGAUCCACUGGUUCAAGACGGACCUUCGGACUACGGACAAUCGCGCCCUGUGGGAAGCCAGCCAGAAGGCCCGGGAAGCCGGCGUGCCGCUGAUAUGCAUAUACAUCGUCAGCCUCGAGGACUUCGAGGCGCACUUCACGUCGCCGCCGCGCGUCGACUUCGUGAUGCGCACCCUGCACGAGCUGAAGCGGGACCUGGCGGCUCUGGAUAUCCCCCUGCACGUCGAGACCGUCGCGAAGCGGACAAAAAUCCAGGAGCGCAUCGUGGAGUUCAUGGACGAAUGGGGCGCGAGCCAUCUCUACGCGAAUAUCGAAUACGAGGUCGACGAGCUGCGGAGGGACGCGCGGAUCGUGCGGGUGUGCGCGGACAGGGGAUUAGCUAUGGUGCUGUUCCACGAUACUUGCGUCGUCCCGCCGGGCGCGCUGCACACGGGCGCCGGGAAGCAGUACGCCGUGUACUCGCCGUGGUACCGGGCGUGGGUCGCGCACGUCCACGCGAACCAAGAGCUUCUCAGCUUACUCGAGCCUCCCGCGAAGAACCCCGCUGCGGCGCGGGAGAAGGUAGCGGCGCUGUUCGACUGCGAGAUCCCGGAAGUGCCGGAGAACAAGCGCCUGUCGGAGGAGGACGCAGCGAGGUUCCGCGCCACGUGGCCGGCGGGCGAGCGGGAGGCGAUGGCUAGGCUGGAGAAGUUCUGCGACGAGAAGAUCGGCGCGUACGGCAAGAAGCGCAAUUUUCCCGGCGACGCGGCGACGUCGUCGAUUUCGGUGCAUUUGGCUGCUGGGACGCUGAGCGCGAGGACGGCGGUGAGGACCGCGAGGGAUAGGAAUAAGACGAAGAAGCUGGAUGCUGGUGUGGAAGGCAUCCAGGCUUGGAUCAGCGAGGUGGCGUGGAGAGACUUUUACAAACACGUCUUGGUCCACUGGCCUUAUAUCUGCAUGAACAAGCCGUUCAAGCCCGAGUACGCCAACAUCGAGUGGUCGUACAACUCGGCGCACUUCGAAGCCUGGUGCGCGGGGCGCACGGGGUACCCGAUCGUGGACGCGGCGAUGCGGCAGAUGCGGAGCAUCGGGUACAUGCACAACCGGUGCCGGAUGAUCGCGGCCUCGUUCCUGAGCAAGGACCUGCUGCUGGACUGGCGGCUGGGAGAGCGGUUCUUCAUGGAGCGCCUGAUCGACGGGGACUUCGCGUCGAACAACGGGGGGUGGGGGUUCAGCGCGUCCGUGGGCGUGGACCCGCAGCCGUAUUUCCGCAUUUUCAACCCCCUGCUGCAGAGCGAGAAGUUCGACCCCCGCGGUGAGUACAUCCGCAAAUGGGUCCCCGAGCUGAGGGGGGUCGAGGGAAAGGCCGUGCACGACCCGUAUAAUAGGGGCGCGGAGGAGAAGGCGAGGAAGGAAGGGUAUCCCCGACCCAUUGUGGAUCAUAGGGAGAGCAGGGAGCGCGCGUUGAGGGCUUAUAAGGCUGGGAUUGGGCGGGAUAAGCCGUGA